AUGCGCUUUGUCGACACGGGAGCGAACGCCGAUACAGCGGACGAAGGCUCUCCAUUGAUUCUGCCACGACGCCCUCUGAAUUACAACUCGGAUUCGGGCGUGCACUACGGUCGACGCGACGUGGACGGGUCGUUGUCGCCGUCGACGAGGCGCCACGUGUAUUACGGCGCGGGUCACUACAACGCGACGAAUAAUAGCUCGUCCGAAGAAGAGAACGACGACGCGUUUGCGAUUGAGAUCGUCGACCAAAAGCGCAUGCCGCUUCCACACGCAAAGUCUUCACGCACCGCGCUUCGUGCGUUCUUGAAAAAACCCCCCCAGGAUAUGGUCAACGAAAAGGCAAACCGGUACACGCGCCGCACGCGCAUGCGCAACAUGAAAAAGUUCCGCCAAGGCAUGGGCGUCCCGAAACUACUCCGUGUGUCUGCCUACUGCACGUGCGACUCGAUCUCGCUCUUCAAGCUCCUGAAAUGGCUCGAGCGCGUGGAAACAGGUCAGUUGCCAGGUGGGGAGCUCAACCCGAACGGUUGGACGCACAAGAUGCACAUGGGGGCGAUCCAUUCGUCGUGCAUGUCGGAAGAGCGCGAAGAGGACAUCAUCACGGAUGACAUGCUCGCGAUUGAGCGGAAAGACGUGUUUUACUUUGCAACGGGGUGCACCGUGUUCUGGGGACUGACUCGGGCCGAGGAGCAGGCGCAUAUUCAAGCAAUUCGUGCGUUCUCAAAGGGCAGCGUCAAGCAAGUCGAGGUCGAAGACAUGGACUUUUGCUACGGCGACACGAGCAGCGUGAUCAACGACUCGAUCACGCUCAGCUCGUUCCGGUCGUCCGAGAAGAUUGCCAUCUCGUUUGCGAUGGCGCAGUCGUCCAAGCUCGACGUGUUUGAGCAGCGCGUCGACGAGACGAUCCAGGAAACGCGCCACAUUCCUCAAACGCUGGCCGAGACGGGCGAGAUCAAAAAGUAUUCGCAAAAGGACAUUUCCCAGCUCAUCGGGCGCUUGUUUAUCGAGCGGAGCGAUAUCAACCUGAAUUCCGACAUGCUGGACGACCCCGACUUUUUCUGGGACGAUGACGAGUACCAACCUCUGUACAAGAAAAUGAUGAAGUACCUCGACGUGGACAACCGCGUCCAUAUUCUCAACACGCGGCUCGACAUCCUUCGCGAAUUGUUGGACGUGCUGAGCCAGCAACUGGCGCGGCAGCACGACACCAAGCUCGAAUGGAUCGUGAUUUGGCUCAUUGUGGCGGAAGUCGUCGUCGAAGUGUUUUGGAACAUCUUGAUCAAAGAUAUCCUUGGCACUUCACUCCACCUUCGCCCACAGCACCACAACUACGGCACCACGACGUCGUCCCAUCGACGUCAAGAUUCGCUAACAGAGGAUGAAGGCGAUGUCGAUGACGAUGACGAUUUCGAUAGAGCGUCCCAGACGAACAGGUUGAUGCCUCCAUCCACUGCAUCUCGUCACGCGCUACGCGAUUUCUUCUAUCGACCUCCAACGCAGACGGUCGUCAAGGACAAAAUCAAUCGAUACACUCGUCGCACGCGCAUGCGGAGUAUGAAAAAGUUCCGCCGAAGCACGGACGUGCCGCAACUGCUGCGCGUUGCCGCGUACUGCACGUGCGAGUCGCUCGCGUUAUUCAAGCUCCUGCGGUGGCUCAAGCGCAUCCAGACGGGGCAGCUUCCCGGCGGCGAGCUCAACCCGAAUGGGUGGUCGCACAAGAUGUACAUGGGCGUCAUUCACUCGUCGUGUGUAUCGGACGACCGCGACGAGUCCGAGCUCCAUCCACGUUCGUCUCUCACGACGCCAUAUAGGGAUGCCAUCUCGGACGAGAUGCUCGCGAUCGAGCGCAAGGACGUGUUUUACUUUGCGACGGGGUGCACGGUGUUUUGGGGCCUCACGCAGGCGGAGGAGGCGGCGCAUUGCCAAGCCAUCCAUGCGUUUUCAAAUGGGGCGCUCAAACGCGUCGAUGUCGAGGAAAUGGAGUUUUGCUACGGCGACAGCAACAUGGUCGCAAACGACGUGGUCACGCUGACGUCGUUCCGCGCGUCCGAGAAGAUUGCCAUCUCGUUUGCGAUGGCGCAGUCGUGCAAGCUCGAUGUGUUUGAGGAGCGCGUCGAGGAAACGAUUCAGACAACGCGCCAUAUUCCGCAGACGCUGGCCGACACGGGCGAGAUCAACAUGUACUCGCAGACGGACAUUUCCAAACUCAUCGGGCGGCUCUUCAUGGAGCGGAGCGACAUCAACCUGAAUUCCGACAUGCUGGACGACCCCGACUUUUUCUGGGAUGACGACGAGUACCAACCGCUGUACAAGAAAAUGAUCAAGUACCUCGACGUCGACAAGCGCGUCCACAUUCUCAACACGCGGCUCGACGUGCUGCGCGAACUAUUGGAUGUUCUCGGGGAGCAAUUGGCCAGGCAGCACGACACCAACCUCGAGUGGAUCGUGAUUUGGGUGAUUGUCGCCGCCGUCUUUGUCAAGAUCUUUUGGAACAUCCUGGUGAAGGACCUCAUGGGGCUCUUUUGUCACUAA